AUGGAACAAGAUAAUAAUAUAUAUGAUAUAACCAAUGAUUUGAAAACUACAAAUAUUAAUUUAUCAACACCAUCUCGGCCAAAACAUCAGCAAUUAAAACAAAAUUCAAAAUCAUUGCCUCAUAAUAAUAAUAAUAAUAAUCAAAAUGAUUUAUUUAAUGUAUUACAAAAACAACAUUUUAAACUACGUAGAUCUUCAUCAUCUUCAUCUUCAUCAUUAUUGCAUAAAGAAUCUAAUUCUAAACCAUCAAGAUCAAAUUCAAUUAAAAAUAAAGGAAUUAAUAUAUUUGCUGUAUCACCAAUAAAUACUACACCAACAACAAUUACAUCAAAUAACAGUCCAUCGAAUACUCAAAAGCGAAGAUCUUCAAUAACAUCCCCUUCAUUACCUCAAGUUUCCGAAAUUCCGACAACUACAACCUCACCAAAUUUUGAUUUACCAUUACCUUCUCAUUCAGAAUUGAUGAAAAUGGAAAUAGACGAACAAUUAAGAUUAUUAGCCUUUAAAGAAAUGUUAAUUGUUGAAAUCAAAGACUCAAUAAAUAAUUUGAAUCAGAAAUUACUAUCUCAUGAGUCUGAAUUACAUCAUUUGAGGGAAGUAAUACAAAAAUCAUUAUAUCAAGAAUUAAAAACUGAUCAAUCACAACAAAAAAUUAAAACUAGACAAAGACAGAAUAGUAAUCCAAGAGAAGAAGCAAUUGCAGCAAUUGGAACGAGAAAAAGAUCAAGUAGUAAUCAAAACGAUAAUGACAACGAGAAAGAAUCUAAACUUUGGAGUGGAUUAGCUAAACCAUUAAAUUAUUUAUCUCAAUUUGAUAAUAUGUUACAAAAUGAAUUUGAAAAAUCAUUAAUUAAUAAUGAGCAAAAACAACAUCAAUCUAGAUUAUCAGAAGAUUCAAUUUCAAGUAGUGGAUCAGCUUCAUCUCCAUUAAGACAAAAAACAAGAAAAGCAAAAGCAAAGCAAUCUCAACAAAGUCAAUCUCAUGAUGAUAUGAUACAGACUGUAUCUUCUUCUAUAUGGUCAUUCGUAAAUGAAGUGAAAUCAAAUGUACUAUCAUCAUUAAAUGAACCAGAGACAAAUAAUAACUUAAAGCCAGUAUAUAAUUUAGAUAAUGGAUCUGCUGUAAGUCUAACUAAUAAGCCAGAAACAAAUAAUUCGGAUGAUGAGAAUUUAUUAAAUCCAAUAAUGAGUGAUAACGAUAACAUUGACAAUGAUGAUGAUAAAAUAGAUUUUUCAAUAUAUAAACGAUAA